GCUCGGUGCGCCAGCGCCAACAGACACGGACGCUCGCAGCAUCAAGACUUUGACAAACGGCCAGUGAAACACACAGACGGAGGAGGGAAACUAACACUCUCACAAAAACAACCCUAUCGCUUUGCGUUGGAUAUAAAAUGAAAGGCUUACCUGGCUGCAUUUUGGAUUUGGAGUCUUCCAUCAUCACAGCGCUGCUGCUUUGACACCGGAGGUGCAGUUCCAAGGAUUUCUUUGGCAGAAAAGUUUCCAUCGGACGCGCGGGGUGACCAGAGGAGCAGCCAGGGAGGAUAAACAAACCCCAUCUCUCAGCUCGGAUCGGCAUAAGAGUGCGCUGAGUCCCUCGGCCACUAUGGAUGAGGAACAGUGCUACUACAAUGAGACCAUUGCCUUCUUCUACAACCGCAGUGGCAAGUACCUGGCCACCGACUGGAACACCGUCAGCAGGCUGGUCAUGGGCCUCGGCAUCACCGUGUGCAUCUUCAUCAUGCUGGCCAACCUCCUGGUGAUGAUUGCCAUCUAUGUCAAUCGGAGGUUCCACUUCCCCAUCUACUACCUGAUGGCUAACCUGGCAGCUGCUGACUUUUUUGCGGGACUGGCCUACUUCUACUUGAUGUUCAACACGGGGCCCAACACGCGGCGCUUGACCGUUUCCACCUGGCUGUUACGCCAGGGUUUGAUCGACACAAGCCUGACAGCGUCCGUGGCCAACCUGCUGGCCAUCGCCAUUGAGCGCCACAUCACCGUAUUCCGCAUGCAGCUGCACACUCGCAUGAGCAAUCGGCGAGUGGUGGUGGUGAUUGUCAUCAUCUGGACUAUGUCGAUUGUCAUGGGGGCAAUUCCCAGUGUUGGCUGGAACUGUAUCUGCAGCAUUGAGACGUGUUCCAACAUGGCGCCGCUGUACAGCAACUCCUACCUGAUCUUUUGGGCCGUUUUCAACCUUGUGACCUUUGUCGUCAUGGUGACGCUGUACGCUCACAUAUUCGUUUAUGUGCGCCAAAGGACCAUGAGAAUGUCCAGACAUAGCUCUGGACCGCGACGGAACCGGGAUACCAUGAUGUCUCUGCUCAAAACUGUUGCAAUUGUUCUAGGCGCCUUCAUCAUCUGCUGGACCCCUGGCCUCGUCAUUCUGCUCCUGGAUGUCUUCUGCGCUAGCUGCAACGUCCUCACCUACGAGAAGUUCUUCCUGCUGCUUGCUGAGUUCAACUCAGCCAUGAACCCUAUCAUCUACUCCUACCGUGACAAAGAGAUGAGCGCCACCUUCAGGCAGAUCCUGUGCUGCCAGCGACAGGAGAACGUCAACGGGACGGUGGCGGAGGGUUCUGACCGGUCUGCGUCGUCCAUCAACCACACGGUGCUGAGCGGCGGUGGGCACCAGCAUCACAACAAUGAACAUUCAGUCGUUUAACAGACUGUCGGGGGAACCGAUUUUAAUCUUGAAGUAGUUGUACUUUCUUUUUAAAUACUGAAACUGACACAUGAAGAUGAUGUCCGGGACAUUACCUCGGUUUCCCAAAUGAAGAGUUUGAGAAUGAGGAGCCAAUCCAUUUAUGAAGGAAUAGUUUGCUUGCAGUAUUCAUAGAUGUUAUUAUUUUUUAUCUGUGUUCUCAUGGUAACAUUGGUAUGAACUAUUUAAAUGUGUGAAAAAAAAGGAAAUGCCAGUAUCUUUAGAGUCCAUGUGAAUAUACUAUUGGUUUCUUCCGAAAGCUAACGUCAGAAUCUAAUGUUCUCGGAUCAGCAUCUUUUCUUGGCCCGUAUUGAAGCCCUAUUCUUUUUGCUGGGAAGAAAAACAUCCACACCAUCAUGUCAGAAGGUUGCAAUAACACACACCAUGCCCCAUCGCUGACCUCUAAUCCUGGACACUGUGUCAGUGAGCAUUGAGCAACUCCAACUUUCAGCGUCAUUAUAUAAAACAUAUGUGCGAUUUUGCUACAUAUAUAGUGCUUUCAAGUUUAAUUCUGCACUUAUUGCUCCACCAGAAAAAUGUGUUCAAUACAGUUGGAGCAAAGAAAAACACAUGUAAAUAUAAAUUAUGCUGCAGAGCUGAACAGUAUUAAAAUGAGAAAAAAAAAACUACUUAUGCUGUAAUUGGCGAGAGUAAAGCAAUUCACUCGUCAUUGUCAAUUUAAAGCAAGUAAAUAAAUAAAUAUACGUUUUUUUGCAUCUCUGAAAAAGUCGACUGAAAAACCGUGAAUUAAUUCCGACAUCUUGGUCCAAAUAUGCUUCAGUUACCCUAUUAUGAUGACAAGUUGUUCCAGAGAUAAAAACCAAAAAUGGGAGGACGCUUGUUGUUUCAGAGAGAAAAGGUCAAGGUCAGUCCUGUGUACGCCAAAACAAGAACGUUCUGUUCAUCUGAGACGAUAACACCCACACUUUUAAUAACAGUCUGUGUCAUACAUUCUUUGCUCUCUGUCUACUCAAACUGUCACGUCUUCUAUCCAAGGAAGACCAGCUGCUUUGUCGCGGAGGCAACAGUCUCACAACUCCUUAACGCCAUUCCUGCUUCCCAAAAACCAGCCUGGCGAUGUAAUUCCUUCCAUCUGGUCCUUAUCUUCUCUGUGAUCCACUCACAGCUGGAUAACCUUUGAAGGAAGGCCACCAGAUUAGAAUCUUGCCUGGCUACUGGAUUUCUCCGCAUGUUGGCAUUUUCUGCCAGUGCGUAGUAGGUGAAACGUCACACCACGAUGCAUGAUUUAGACACUCUGCUAGCGGUGACAUGGCUUUUUCAUUCAGCAUUUCUGACUGGCUGAACUCUUCUAGACUUAGAGAUGAAGCGGCCCAAUUGUUCCCAACUUCCCACGGUUCCUCCGUGAAAGACCUGUGAAAGGUCCGUGACUGGUUCGUGCCCUGAGCAGCCGGAGCUGCAAUGUCUUGUAUAUCCACGGGGAGGCGCAUGGAUACAUUUGGCCCUCAGCGAUUUCAAUAGUGGGAUUGUACCUUUCUACAUAAUGUGUCUUAAUGUUAAUGUUAAUGUGUAUCUGUGCUAAGGACUCAAACGUAGGCGACUGACUAGACUUUAUUUUUCUUGGUGAAGACACUCCCAUCACUUGUCUACAAGGCACUAGCACCCCUGAAGCUCUUAUCGCAGUGAAGGUUAGAGUCACACAGCUAAUCCAGACAGGACCUCAGUUUGUUCCACAGAUGUCAAUGACAGUCAAGUAUGUCGGUCCGAUUGUCUUUAGGGGGAAGCUGCAGGAUAUUUCUCGGAUACAAACUAAUACUGCUUCACACUCACCUCUCUUCGCCUUAGCGGCUGUACAUCUAUCGAUGAAACAAACCUGGUCAUGCUACACAACUAUUCAAGUUCAUCAGGAAGCUCAAAAGCCUGUUACAACACAUACAAAUUCGAGUGUCCAGGUUGCUCCAGAACUCCUCCGAAUUUUUGCACAUUGCAGUGUUACAUUGGAGUGAACGGCAAAGACAGUUGAUGCACUGCAGUAUCUUGGGCCAUUAGCUUUCAUUUGCUUUUUUUUUUGUUUUCAUGUUCUUGAAGUGUUUUGCAUUUUACUGUGCAGGAGACCACAUCUGACCUCCACUGUAACCAUUUACCUAACAAAUCAUGGAUUCAGGUUAAACCUAUAUAACUAACCAACUAAACUGUUUGUGCUUGUUUACCAGUGUGUACCAAUGUAAGUAUAUCUGUACAGUGUGAAUGUAUAUACAUAUAUAUGCAAGGUUAAUCACCAAAGGGACAGUGGUUUGUGUGUAAAUUUAUACUAUCAUAUGUCCAUGUUUGUGUUUUGUCUGACCCUAUUUGGAUUGUAAUAUUUUUGCCUGAUUUACAUGAAGUUUGCAGUGCCUUUCUGUUGUUUCUAACAAUUGUCAUAAGGUCUUUAUUUGGCUUUGAAAGCAUCUAUGUUUUUGUUUUUUUUUUUAAUUUGGUUUUAUAAUAAUAAAUAGUCCCACCUUAUUGUUAUUUGAGUCAGCGUGGAAAUGUUUGUUUUUUCUUCCUUGGGUAGUCAACACGCAUUUUACUUACUUAUUUAUUUUUAUUUUUUGGUUUGAUGCCUCUCUGGCUUCUUAGCUCAACAUCGUCUUAAAAAUAAUAAAAAUAAAAUAACUCUUUCCAUGAUACAGAAACCAAAUGAUUUAAGUUAGCUUCAACUAUUUUGUAUGUUAAAAAAAAGCCAUCCAAAAGUUCUAAUUUCCUGUGACCCACCACCUCUGUCUGGCUGUGUGGCUGUAAUCGGCGCCAUCGAACAAGUCAAAGCAGAAAUCCAGAUCUUCUUAGAUCAAAAAAUAGAUAAUAUUGGUGCGUGAAACUGAAACACAUCAUCAUUCUACUCUUCUCCGAGCGA